AUCUGACUUACUUAUAUCUUACUGUGAGUCCUGCUCCUCUGACACUACCACGAGUGCUUCUCCCUCCAGGAAACUGAGAGAAGGAAGACGAGAGCCAAGGUUGAAGGUUGACGCUCGACAGACGAGAUGCCAGGGACGUCCAGUGACAGUAAGGCACAGGUGAAACCUCCUCAGGACUGGAGUCCUGGGGAGUCGUCUCCUUCUCCUUCUCCUCCUCCUCCUCUUCCUUCUCCACCUUCCCCUCGGCCCAGGGAUGUCGAAUCCCCUCCUGCCUCAGGAAGUCAGUGGAUCAGUAUGGACGGCAGACCGAAGCAGCAGAGACCGUCAGUGCUGCGUAAAGUCGUCCCAUCAGCCUCCAGACAUCAACACGGUGUGGCCAUUUGUGAUAAAGGAGAGGACACAGGUCAUCCUUCCCCGACCUCUUCUCUACAGAUGGCCUCUUUUUACAGGCCAAGCCAUCACAUAAUCCCCCUGAUGCCAGAUGGUCCAAAUCAGAGUUCCAUUGAGGCCAGACUCCAUGAUGGUGUCACUGAAGGAUCCAGAGAUCCAUUCGCAAGUGGCUUCUGCCGCUGGCCUGGCUGUAAUGCAGUGUUUAAAGAUGAUGCAAGUUUCCUAAAGCAUCUCCAUUCUGAACACAGUCACUGUGACAGAAGUCUUGCCCAGUGGAGGGUCCAGCAGGACAUCGUCCAGUGCAUGGAGAGUCAGCUGAUUCUGGAAAAACAGAAACUGGUUGCAAUGCAGCUUUAUCUACACCUCACUGAACACAAGUACACUGAUCUGAAGGCGGCUUCUGAUUGGCCGUACAGCCUCCCCCUGUUCUCGCCUCGGCCUCAGGUGGGGGACGGAGACCAAGCACAACAGUGGUGGAUUAAACAGCUGGAGGAGUUCUCUCAGCACAGCUCCAGAGCUCCUGCUGCUUCUGCCAGCCUCCUGACAGAUGUGAUUCCAAGUAUUGAAUUUUACAAGUACAAAAACAUCAGGCCUCCAUACACCUACGCCUACUUGAUACGACGGUCAAUCGUGGAGUCUCCAGAUAAACAACGGACCCUUAAUGAGAUUUACAACUGGUUUACAACGAUGUUCUGCUACUUCAGGCACAACACUGCCACCUGGAAGAAUGCAGUUCGUCACAACCUCAGCCUGCACAAGUGUUUUGUACGAGUGGAGGGGGGAAAGGGAGCGGUGUGGACCGUGGAUGAGACGGAGUAUCAGAGGAGGAAGGGACAAAAAUAUCACAGGGACUGUCCGGUGAAGUGGCUCACGUCCUACUCUCAAUACUACUGUCCAGAGGAGGCAUGAGUGCUGUGCAGCUGAACUUGUACCCAUCGUGUUGAUGUUUAGUUUUUCAACUUUUUUUUCAACUUUUUUUUACAUAUGGCUG